GACUGCGAGGGCCGAACGGCGCUACUGAUAGCCCUUGAAGAGGGACACGACAAUGUCGUGACACUUCUACUCGACAAGGGCUCCCCAGAGCUUGACGUCAACCUGCCAGACAUGGCGGACAGGACAGCACUACAUCUGGCGGCAGAGAAAGGCAAUCAGAAGUUGGUCCAACUCUUGUUGGAUAAGAACGCUCGUCAGGACCUUCAGGAUAAGCUGAAACGGACAGCGCUGCUCCUGGCCGCGGAGCAGGCAAAGAACAACGCUGCGGUCAGCACUUUGCUCGAUAGUCCAUCGAAUUCGAUAAAUUUAGCGGAUUGGCAGGGUCGAACGGCUUUGCUAGCAGCAGCUGAGCGAGGGGAUAAGGAUAUGAUGAAAGAGCUGUUGCUUAAGAAAGCGGACGCAAAUCAUGCAGACGACCUGGGCCGCACAGCGCUCCUUUUUGCAGCUGAGAAUGGCAACAAGGACAUUGUUGAUCUGCUG